UUGAAUCGAAGUGGUAAUGUUAAGGGUUAUAAUACUAUUAUAUAAUUAUCAGUAUAUUUCCAGCAGUACACGCUUUAUGUAUUUUAAUCACAUAAGAAUAUGAAGAAUAUGAAAGAGCUCGUCAGGAGGAACCAAAUGUUUGUUUCUGUUUCUACCCGGGAGAGUUAGAACGGCUCUCCAUGUUCACGUACUGAAAGAUUAGCAACAUUAGCAUUACCUUUUCAAAGAACAAGGCUAUUAAAAUGUGCACUCUUUAAUUAAAUGCAGUGCAUUUUUUUCCGAAAUAGUAAUUUAGAUAUUAUUUAUUGUGUUAUAUUCGCGGUACUGUGGAGUUUUGAUCUUUUAAAGGAAACGUAUAUAUUUUUGAUGACUGGAGCCGAGCGUUAGUGAACGUUAGCUAACGUUGGACACAAGGCGAAAACGUUCACGCACAUUUUCAAUCAAACCUCAUUUUUUACCCUCCUGUCGAUGUUUACAGACACAAACUACACUAAGAACAAACUUCCUGCAGUCCCGUCGACUGGAUCCCUGCAGGCCUAAGGGAUGGCUGCUGCAGCACCUGCAGAGCCAGGCUCCUCUGUGGCGGCUCAUGUAGAUCUCUACGGUGAUCUGGAUCAACAUCAUGAGGAUUUGGACAGACUUGCUGAAGCGAAUGAACUUUAUGAUGCUGUACUGACUGGCUCAGUGGAUCGGGACAAGAAAGUAAACAACAGUGUGUCGCCUCCGAAAGAAGCUGAAGUUACACAGGGAGCUUUAUCAACAAACGUAAAAAGCAAGCAAACGGGAAACACAUCAAGGAAACUGUCUUUAUAUAUAGGAAAUUUCCCCUGGUGGACAUCUGAUAAGGACCUGAUGACAAUGGCUCAAACGCUGGGUGUGAGGGACAUCACAGACAUCAAAUUUGCUGAGAACAGGGUUAAUGGCCAGUCAAGAGGCUACGCAGAAGUGGUCGUAACCUCGGAAGAAUCAUUAAAAACAUUGUUGGAAAAAAUACCUCAGUGUGAACUCAACGGGGCUCAGAUAGACUGUCGCUUUGCCACUCGCCAGAAUCUCAUCAUUUUUGAGGACACUGCAAAUAAACGUAUACCGCUGCGUGCUAACGCCAAAGAUCCUAAAGACUGUGAACCUUCAGAUAAGAUUCCCUCUUUGUUAUCACAGGAGUCCUGUCCUCCACCUAUACCUCCCCUUUUUCCUCCACUUCCAAACAGGUUCCCCUCAUUACCCAAUCCUUUCCUUGGUCAACCACCGCCUCCUUUCCCGCAUAUGCCACCUAACAUCCCUCCGCCAUUGCCACACCAUAUGUUUCCUCCUCCUCCAGUACAUGUCCCAAGUCAACCACCUCCCAGUCUGCAUUUAAAUCCAGCUUUCUUUGCACAAGAUGGACACAGCAGCAAAGCGUACAGCCAACAAAACAACACACCUCCGAGUACAGAUGGAGAUUUUGAGGAGCUUAUGAACAGAAAUAGAGCUGUCGCGAGCAGUGCCAUCACCAAGGCUGUGUCUGGAGCAACAGCUGGAGACUUGCGGGUGGCCAUGGAGACACUUCUAACCGCCAUUGCCAUCAUAAAGCAGUCCAGAGUGUAUGGAGACGAGCGCUGCCAAGCUCUGGUCACCUCACUCAAAGACUGUCUGGUCUCUAUCCAGGGCAACUACGGCUACAGGGGCAGCAGUCGCUCUAGGGACGAAGAUAGAGACCGGGACAGGGGUCGUGACAGAGAGCGAGAGCGUGAUAGAGAACGUGAGAGAGAAGAUUCUUCUGGUUGGGAAGGUACAGGAAUGUCUCGGAGACGUAGAGAACGUUCCUGGAGCGGCGAGAGGGACAAGGAGCGCUCACGGGAACGGGAAAGGCACAGAGAUCACAGAGAACAGAGAGAACAGAGAGAACAGAGAGAUCAGAGAGAUCACAGAGACCACAGAGACCGAUAUCGCUAACUUGGUAAGCUUACCUCAAAUAGAAAGAUAAAUAUAUUCUCAUGCCUUUUUUUUUUUUUAUCAACAGAUGAUUUCAUUUUGGUUGUCUGUUUUAUUAUCAGUUCCAGCGUGAAGUUUUUCCGUACAUGGUAUCCCAUUGAGCUUCUGUGUUUUUGGAGUUCUUUAAAACCACAACAGAAAAACCUGCCAAAAAAAUGUCAAGUCAGUUAAGUACUGUCUUAUAAAAACGUAUGUGUUUGAAAUUGUCUUGUAAAAGCGACUGAAUAACAUCAAAUGUUUUUAACAUAGAAUACUAGUAGUGAGGAAGUGUGGACAACAGGAACAGGAGGAGUAAAUCAAGAAAUCAAGGAGAAAUCCUUCCUUCCCAUAUGCUCUUAUGUAAAGUAUCUUUAGAUAACACUUGUUAUGAAUUGGCACUAUUCAAAUAAUGAUUGAUGAUUGAUAGUACAAAUGGCCACUCGUUUCUUGACCCUACUGUGCAUUUCUGGCCCAAAAACACUUCAGCAGUCUGAGAGUUGUUUAGGUACGUAGUGUUAAUUUCAUCAAUAAUUUAUCUACUUACAUUACACUGUGGUGAUCAAAGUGCAGAUUGUUUUUGUUUUUGUUGGGUGAACCAUUAUAACUGUAGGCUUUUAGUCUCUGGUGUCAAUUUAACCCACCCAAAACCUUUUUAACACAUUAAGGGCCUUUUAGAUAGGAGGCGGUGCGCACUGAGCACAGAGCAAAAUGGGAGAGUGCACAUGAGCAAAAAGCAACAGCGCGUUGCUUAGGCUCGUCCAGGAGCUGCAGCUCUAAAACAUGAGCUGAGUUUCAUGAGCAUGACACACAUUACUGCUGCUGUUUUAAACACACCUGGUACGCCCAAAGUGUUGGAAAAAUCUCUCCAAACAGGAAAGUGAGACACCGUUUGUUGUGAUCUGAGCUACCCUGCCUUUGGACGCUCACAGGUGAUGUAGCAAGAAAAGAGAAACAUAACUUUUCAUUCAAUCCGACUGUUUACAGUCUUAUGGUUCUAUGAAUCAGCAUAAAAUGUUAGAAGGUGAUGUUUAGAAGUACUUUACUUGCUGUAUGGCGAAUUAGCAUACAACCAGUCAGAGGCUCAUUCUUUAUCGAGCUGGGGCUAAUUAUGGUCUUUAAUCGAUAUGUAUAAAUAUGGUUUUAAUUAUAAUUUUUUUUCUCUCCAAAGGCCCGGGACUGAUGGAGGGAUGAAGUGUGAAGCAGAGCAAAUACUUUUUCCACACCAAGCUGUAUAAAAGUGGGAGUCUGAGGUAUGACUGAAGACUUAUUUCAAAAACUGUACUUUUUGUUUUGAAAUCAUCUGUAAAUACUCAGAUUUUACCUGCUCUAAAAAUAUGUUGUUGCCUGCAUGCACAUGGUCACCUCUUAUUAACAUAUGUAAUAGUGUAAGGUUUUCAUCACUUUUUUUGUACUAAGUCUACAAAUUAAAAAACAUUCCCUGAAAA